AUGGAUUGCAACUAUUCGGUAAAAGUGAAGAUCGAACGAAGCGAAGCUGAAGCGCAAAAUGUAGUCCGUGAAAAUUCGCCGACCGAAGAACUGAUUGAAGUGAUCGAUCUAACCAACGAGGAAGAGGAAUUUCAAUCUUUUGUUCAAUCACUUCCGCAAACGCAAAUCAAAUCUCAACCGCUGCCGGCAGAACCAUCUGCACCGGGUCCUUCUUCUGUGGUGCCCCGAUCAUCCACUAGACAAAGUUACACAUAUUUCUCGCUGCCUGUCCCGGUGGACUACGUACAGCAAAUUCAACUAAAUGAGGACUUUGCCGGCGGCGAGCUCUUCAAAAUGCGAUUCAGACAGUUAAUGUUAUAUGGCCGUUUAACGCAGAAACACAUGAAAGACGAUUCCACCUUCAUAUUCCGGCUCGACGAUGGCACAGGGCAGGUGAAUGUAAUGUUUCGUAACACAAAGAUAAAAAUUAUCGAUACUCUCAACAAUCUUAGCCAGUGCGAAGAGCUAAUCCUAAGGAGAGAAAAAUCUGCGGCCAACACCGAGGUUGGAUAUCCGGAAUCACUUCACGAACCGCUGAAGACGAUAAUGGCGAUGGCUAGGGCAAACUGUGCCAGACAGAACAGUCUGCCACCGUAUGGUAGAGGGUGCUUCGUCGUCGGGUUUCCGUACCAAUCUAUCAACGGUGGCGUGGCCAUUUUCGCCCACACUGUGGUGGCUGAUACCAACGAUAAGUCGAUGGAUCUGUAUUGGAAAAGUUACCUCCUGUCUUUCUACCGGCCAAUUGUUGGCAAUGAUUGCAGCAAUGGAGAUAUGAGUAACGACUUUCAGUCGUGGCUACAAUCUCGAGCCCUCAACGGUGUGUCGUUAAUGUAA